AUGUUCCCGCCGGGCUCCGCCUGGAACAUCUCCUUCGCGGGCUGCGGGUUCCUGGGGGUGUACCACAUCGGGGUGGCCAGCUGCCUGCAGGAGCAUGCGCCGUUCCUGGUCGCCAACGCCAAGACCAUCUACGGCGCGUCCGCCGGAGCCCUGACGGCCACCGCGCUGGUCAGCGGGGCCUGCUUAGGUGAGGCUGGUGCAAAUAUCAUCCAUGUCUCUAAAGAAGCUCGGAAGAGGUUUCUUGGCCCUCUCCACCCAUCCUUCAACCUGGUGAAAAUCAUCCGCACUUGCCUAUACAAGACCCUGCCAGUCAAUGGUCAUGAAUUGGCCAGCGGACGCUUAGGCAUUUCACUGACACGGGUCUCAGAUGGAGAGAAUGUCAUAUUAUCAGAGUUCAACUCCAAGGAGGAACUUAUCCAGGCAUGUGUUUGCAGCACUUUCAUCCCUGUGUACUGUGGCCUGAUCCCUCCAAGUCUUCAAGGAGUGAGGUACGUUGAUGGAGGAAUUUCUGACAACUUGCCACAGUAUGAACUGAAGAACACCAUUACAGUGUCCCCCUUCUCAGGAGAGAGUGAUAUCUGUCCACGGGACAGUUCCACAAACAUCCAUGAGCUGAGAGUCACCAACACCAGCAUUCAGUUCAAUCUGCGCAACCUCUACCGCCUCUCAAAAGCCUUGUUUCCACCAGAGCCUCAGGUUAUGCGGGACAUGUGCAAGCAGGGCUACAGGGAUGCUUUGCAUUUCUUGAAGAGGACUGGUCUCCUCCAUCAUCCAAGACCUAUGCUGCCUCUGCUGGCCAUAGAAGAUAGUCCAGGAGAGAAGAACCCUGAAGAGGAAAACGCUGAAGAAGAGGAUCAGCUGGAAGAGAACUCUGCACUGACAGUAGCUGAAGACCAUAUUUUUGACCACUUGCCUCCUAAAUUGCACCAGGCCCUUUUAGAAGCCUGUGCAGAGAGGAGAGGGUUCUUCACUAGCAUUGCCAACCUGUUGCCUAUGCGUCUAGCAUCUACCUUGAUGCUCCCAUACACCCUCCCUCUAGAGUCUGCUCUCUCCUUCACUGUCAGGUUGCUUGAAUGGCUGCCAGAUGUUCCAGAAGACAUUAAGUGGAUGAAAGAGCAGACAAGGAAAGUUUGUCAGUAUCUCAUGAGAAAAGCCAAGAAGAAGCUAGGAAGUCAUCUCUCAGCCCGGCUGUACUACCAUCUUGAACUCAGAAAGACCCAGAGCUUGCCUGUACCCUCAAGUGUUGGCUAUGGAGAGGCAUUGCCCAAGUGGUUGCGGAAUAACCUCUCCCUAACAGACGUUAUGACAAAAUGGGAAGAAUACCAGCGCCAGCUGAUGCUGGGGCUGUUCUGUAUUAAUGUGGACCUCCAGGCUUCUAUCUUCCCAUCAGAAGGGCUUCAGAUGAGACACCCCCCACCAGGCUGCUCACAAGAGAGCCUCCAGCUCUUUUAAAGCCAUCACCACUAGUAUUUGAACAAGUAGAAGGGGAG